AUGGAGUCCGUAAAGAAGAACGAAGACACCCAACAACGCACCGAAGAAAAAGAGAAUGAUCAGGAGAUGGCUCAACUAGGUCAUGAUGAAAACCAAGAAAAAAAAGAAGAUAAAAAAGAUAUACUUGGCCUUUUAGCUUCCUUGGAUGAUUCAAAUAUUGAGAAUGAGCCAGAGAACGUGAGUAAAGAUGAGGGAGAAGAUAAGAGAGGGUUGGAGAGCGAUGGCACUGUGUCGUUUGAGCCGUUCCCUAUAUCGGAACCCACCAUGAAUGCUACAAAGGAGAUGGGUUUACAAAACAAGACUCAGCAAGGCUACUGUGUUGUCCCCAGUGCCAAGAGAUUUAUUGUUCUCUAUUCCUUCUUGAAGAGGAAUCUUUCAAAGAAAGUGAUGGUUUUCUUUUCCUCAUGCAACUCCGUCAAAUACCAUUCUGCACUUCUUAGACACAGUGAGAUCUAUUGCUUUGACAUCCAUGAAAAGCAAAAGCAGCAGGAACGAACAUAUACCUUUUUUAACUUCUGCAAAUCGGAAAAUGGUAUCUUGUUAUGUAACGAUGGAGCUCCACAUGGUCUUGAUAUUCCUUCCGUGGAUUGGAUCAUACAGUACGAACCCCCUUACGACCAUAAGGAAUUCGUCAAUAGAGUUUAUAGAACAGCGUAUAGAGAUGUCUUGCUUUUCCUGAUUCCUGAAGAGUUGCAAUUUCGUCGCGAACUCAAGGCUGCAAAAGUGCUUAUGAAUGAGUAUAUAAUCAACGAAAAUAAGCUGGAAAAUGUGCAACCUGACCUGGAAAAGUUGGUUGCCAACAAUGAUUACUUGAGAAAGUUGGCAAAAGAUGCAUAUAAAUCUUACAUAGCAGAGUACAAAUCACAUUCUUCGAAGGGAAUCUUUAAUGUUCACAAACUUGACCUGAAGGCUGUGGCUGCUUCAUUCUGCUUUUGUGGUCCUUGA